AUGAAGGGACUUAUUUUGGUCGGUGGCUUUGGCACCCGCCUUCGCCCCCUCACUCUCACGCUUCCCAAACCCCUUGUCGAGUUCUGCAACAAGCCCAUGAUUGUCCACCAGAUAGAGGCGCUUGUCGCUGCUGGUGUCAAAGACAUUAUUCUCGCUGUCAACUACCGACCUGAGGUUAUGGAAAAGUUCCUCGCCGAAUACGAGCGAAAAUACAACAUCAACAUUGAAUUCUCCGUCGAGUCUGAACCCCUCGACACGGCAGGGCCCCUCAAGCUGGCAGAGAAGAUCCUGCUCAAGGACGACUCCCCCUUCUUUGUCCUCAACUCGGACGUCAUCUGCGACUACCCCUUUGCCGACUUGUUGCAAUUUCACAAGAACCACGGCGACGAGGGCACAAUCGUCGUCACAAAGGUCGAGGAGCCCUCCAAGUAUGGCGUCGUCGUCCACCAGCCCAACCACCCCUCGCGCAUCGAUCGCUUCGUCGAGAAGCCCGUCGAAUUCGUGGGCAACAGAAUCAAUGCCGGCAUGUACAUCUUCAACACGUCGGUUCUCAAACGCAUCGAGCUGCGCCCCACCUCCAUCGAAAAGGAGACGUUCCCCUCCAUGGUCCGCGACAACCAACUGCACUCGUUCGACCUCGACGGCUUCUGGAUGGACGUUGGCCAGCCCAAGGAUUUCCUCAGCGGCACCUGCCUCUACCUCUCCUCCCUCACCAAGCGCGCCAGCAAGGAGCUGACCCCCCCUACCGAGUCCUACGUCCACGGCGGCAAUGUCCUCAUCGACCCGUCUGCCAAGAUCGGCAAGAACUGCAGGAUCGGCCCCAACGUGACCAUUGGCCCCAACGUGGUGGUCAAGGACCACGCCUGGGUCAAGUCCACCAUUGUUGGCUGGAACAGCAUCGUUGGCCGCUGGGCGCGCCUGGAGAACGUGACGGUCCUGGGCGACGACGUGACCAUCGGCGACGAAAUCUACGUCAACGGCGGCAGUGUCCUGCCGCACAAGUCCAUCAAGGCCAACGUCGACGUCCCCGCCAUCAUCAUGUGA